GCGAGGAGUAGGGGAGGCCCCGGAUGUUCGUUGGGGUUUCAACAUGGCGGCGGCAGUGGCCGCGGCGGCGGCGGCGCGAGACGGCUGAAGGCGGUGCGCGAGCGCGGAGUCCCGGGCCGGGUAGCUAGGCCGCGAGCGACCGCGGCGCCAAGCCGAUGAGUAACUCAAAGCCCCAGGAGGAGACGUCACCCACGCCAGGGUGUUUCUAGCCCAGCCAGCUUCAGACCAGGUGCCUGUGAGCGCCCAGCCAAGGGCUGCACACCUGUGGUGCUAGGGCUCUGGAACCAUGUUUGGAAAGAAGAAGAAGCGGGUGGAGAUCUCGGCCCCAUCCAACUUCGAGCAUCGUGUGCACACAGGCUUUGACCAGCAUGAGCAGAAGUUCACAGGGCUGCCCCGCCAGUGGCAGAGCCUGAUUGAAGAGUCAGCACGCCGACCCAAGCCCCUUAUCGACCCUGCCUGCAUCACCUCCAUCCAGCCGGGAGCCCCCAAGACCAUCGUGCGGGGCAGCAAAGGUGUCAAGGAUGGGGCCCUCACGCUGCUGCUGGACGAGUUCGAGAACAUGUCGGUCACGCGCUCCAACUCCCUGCGCAGAGACAGCCCACCGCCACCUGCCCGUGCCCACCAGGAGAACGGAAUGCUGGAGGAGCGGGCAGCCCCGGCCAGAAUGGCCCCUGACAAGGGUGGAGGCAAAGGCCGGGCCACAGGCCACAUCGAGGCAGGCAGUGGCGACAGACGGCGGGUGGGGCCGGAGAAGAGGCCCAAGUCUUCGAGGGAGGGCCCUGGAGCGCCCCAGGAGGCCCCCCGAGAUAAGCGCCCCCUCUCUGGGCCUGAUGUUAGCACCCCCCAGCCUGCCAAUCUGGCCAGCGGAGCGAAACUAGCGGCUGGCAGACCCUUUAACACAUACCCACGGGCUGACUCGGACCACCCGCCCCGCGGUACCCAGGGGGAGCCACACAGUGUGGCCCCUAAUGGGCCAUCAGCCCCGGGCCUGGCUGCCCCUCAGUCCUCAUCCUCCUCCCGGCCUCCCACCAGAGCCCAUGGUGCUCCCAACCCAGGAGUGCUGGGCCCCCACGCCUCUGAGCCCCAGCUGGCCCCCCCAGCACAUGCUCUUGCUGCCCCCCCUGCCCCGGGGCCCCCUGGGCCUCGCUCUCCACAGCGGGAGCCCCAGCGAGUGUCCCAUGAGCAGUUCCGGGCUGCUCUGCAGCUGGUGGUAGACCCAGGGGAUCCCCGCUCCUAUCUGGAUAACUUCAUCAAGAUUGGCGAGGGCUCUACAGGUAUCGUGUGCAUAGCCACCGUGCGCAGCUCAGGCAAACUGGUGGCCGUCAAGAAGAUGGACCUGCGCAAGCAGCAAAGGCGUGAGCUGCUCUUCAAUGAGGUGGUGAUCAUGCGGGACUACCGGCACGACAAUGUGGUGGAGAUGUACAACAGCUACCUGGUGGGUGACGAGCUCUGGGUGGUCAUGGAGUUCCUGGAGGGAGGCGCCCUCACGGACAUCGUCACCCAUACCAGGAUGAACGAAGAACAGAUUGCUGCCGUGUGCCUGGCUGUGCUGCAGGCGCUGUCUGUGCUGCAUGCCCAGGGUGUCAUCCACCGAGACAUCAAGAGUGACUCCAUCUUGCUAACCCAUGACGGCCGGGUGAAGCUGUCCGACUUCGGGUUCUGCGCCCAGGUGAGCAAGGAGGUGCCAAGGAGGAAGUCGCUGGUGGGCACACCCUAUUGGAUGGCUCCAGAGCUGAUCUCCCGCCUUCCCUACGGCCCAGAGGUGGACAUCUGGUCAUUGGGGGUGAUGGUGAUUGAGAUGGUGGAUGGGGAACCCCCCUACUUCAACGAGCCACCCCUCAAAGCCAUGAAGAUGAUCCGGGACAACCUGCCACCCCGACUAAAGAACCUGCACAAGGCAUCACCAUCCCUGAAAGGCUUCCUGGACCGCCUGCUGGUGCGUGACCCAGCCCAGCGGGCCACUGCUGCUGAGCUCCUGAAGCAUCCAUUCCUCACCAAGGCAGGGCCGCCGGCCAGCAUCGUACCCCUCAUGCGCCAGCACCGGACCAGAUGAGCUGGAGCCUGGUUCUGAACCAAAGAGCCCUGGGCCACCCUGCCCAGCACAGGCAGUAGGGGGCCGACCCACUCCCAUUGCCCUGGAGACACUGGGCCACCGUCACUGUGCUGGGGGCUUCCUGGGACCCAACUACUGAUCUCCAGUUCUGGUUCCAUGACUUGUAAAGCAACACCGGGACGUGGGAGCAAGCGAGGCUCCCUGGGUCCCUCACCCUCCAGGACAGACCCCUCCCCUGUGCUCUGUGCACAGGAGAGAAGGCGGCUGCCCCAUCACUGGAAAUCUGCAUCAGGGGCCACUGGGGGCAGAGCUGAUGCUAUGAAUUCGAUGAGGUGUGUGUGUGUGUGUGUGUGUGCGCGUGUGUGCGCGCGCGCACGCGCACUCGUGUAUCCAGAAAGCCCAGCUCCUGCAUCCUCUGCCUGCAAGUGGACGUCUCAGGCCUUGCCUGGUGCCCAGCCCCUGACCCUGAGCCAUUGAAGGGUCAAUCAUGAAUGUUUGAAGAGUGGCCUUUUCCCGGAGCCCCCACCCUCUUUCCAUGAAGAGACAGGUUGGGGCCUCCCCUCCCCCAGCCUCUGCAGCGAUGACUACUGCACCUGGACAGCCUCCGUUUUCUAGAAGUCUAUUUAUAUUGUCAUUUUAUAACACUAGCUGUGUCCCAGCCUGGGGCACAUGAUCCCUGACCUGUAGAUGGGGUGGCCCAGAGACAGAGCCACUUUGAAGAAUCAGGCUCCUGUCCCCCACCCUGCCACCGCUCCCUCAAGUUAGUUUUACAAUUAAAACACUUUCUUGGUUUA